AUGUUAUCAAGAGGUUUUGCAUCGCAUUGUGCAGAUAGUGAGUACACCCCUUUGGAAUCGAAUCGGUUUCGUGAGGCAAUAUUAGAUUCCGUACAUACAUUUAAGAAUGCAGAUGAGUUUUGGAAUGCAAUAUACCAAAUGUCAUUAGCUGGAAGGUUUCAAUACAAGUACAAGAAAAAUUCACCUACUCAUAUGUCAGUAAAGUGUUCGGUUGAGGGUUGUCCUUGGAAGAUAACAGCUCAUGCUGUUGAAAGAAAUGAAAUAUUGCGAGUUUAUACUUACCAAGUUAAUCAUAAUCAUAUAGCUCAAGAUGAGUGUUCAUCUAAGGUGAGGGUUUCUUCCAAGAGAGGUGUUGUUAUUGUUGAAGAUGUGUUUAGAACAACUCCAGAAUACCUUCCUCGACAAAUUUGCAAGGAUUUUGAACGUGAUCAUGGAGUUCAAUUGACUUAUAACCAAGCAUGGCAUCUUAAAGAGAAGGCAAAAGAGCAUUUAUAUGGAUCUCCACGUGCGUCCUACUCGUUUUUGCCUUGGUUAUGUCAUAGGCUAAGGGAAAUUAACCCCAGAACUAUUGCCGAGUACACUUCUCAUGAAGGUCACUUCAAGCAAUUGUUCGUUGCCCAUGCAUUUUCAAUUCAAGGGUACACCAUGGGGUGUCGACCGGUAUUGGCUAUUGAUUCUUGCCACCUAAGUGGUCCAUACAAAGGAGCUCUUUUGUCUGCCAUUGCAUAUGAUGCAGAUGAUGGAAUGUUCCCUCUAGCCCUAGGUGUGGUUGGUUCAGAAAAUUAUGAGGAUUGGUAUUGGUUCUUGGAGAAAUUGAAGGAGAUCCUAGAUGGUCAAGAACUAAUUAUUAUAUCAGAUAGACAUCAAGGGAUAUUGCGUAGUGUUUCAGAGUUGUUUGGGGUAGAAAAUCACGCCUAUUGUUAUCGACAUGUGAAAGAGAACUUUUCAAGCUUCUUCAAUAGGCAAAACAUUAGGGGAAAGAAAGGGAAAGAAGAUGCUUUGUUGCUUUUAGAUAACAUUGCAUAUGCUUGGUUGGAUAUAAACUACAAUGAGGCAUUUGAAAAACUUGUGCGUUUUAAUGGCGACCUAGCAAGGUGGGUUGUGGAGAAUAGUCCGGAGCAUUGGGCGAUGUCAAAGUUCCUUAAAAAAUGUUGGGAUAAAAUGACAACUAAUAUUGCAGAGUCCUUCAAUGCGUGGUUAAGAGAUGAACGACACCAAACAAUUUAUACGUUGUUGUUGAUGCACAUGGAUAAACUUGUAGCCAUGUUGGACACCCAUAUGUGUGGUACAGAUAAGUGGAAGAGUGUGGUUGGACCCAAAACAGAGGAAAAGCUAAUGUCAAAUAUCACGAGAUCUGUCCAAUUAUUGUGA